UAACUGACUGGGCCACCCAGGCAUCCUCUGAAAUCUUAACACCUAUUUCUGGGUGGUGGGACUACAGUGUCAUAAUUUUCUUGUUUUUAAUUUAUAUAUGUUCAUAAUAUUCUAUAGUAAAAAGUUCUAUAUAAAUCAGUAGAUGUAUUUUGAAGAAGUCGCUAGUAAAAUUAACUUUUCUGAUUCAAAUGCUUUCUCACUUUUAUAAAAUUACAAAAUGGCUCAUCUCCUGGUGGAAUGUCAGAAGACUUCCAAGAAUAUUUCCUUCCUCAUAUUGCUGGUCCACAGCCAGAUAGUCCCUAUUUAUCCUGAUGGUUCAAAGAGCUCCAUGUCUUUUUGAUCAAGUCCCAAGGAGAGAAGUUUUCAUUUUCUCAAAGAAAAGGCACAGAAUUGUAGCCAGUGGUAAUUACUGGCAUGGAGACCAAGAGCCCUAACAGCCUUCAGGAGAGUCCCACACCCUCCGGCACUGAGAGGACAUUAGGGGAUGGCAUUCAGUUACUCAAAGCUGUUAAAGAAGGAAACAUCGAGCUGCUCCAGCAAUUGCUGGAAGGAGGGUCUGAGGUGAACUUCCAGGAUGAAUGGGGCUGGUCAGCUUUGCAUAACGCAGUACAAUGUUGCCGGGAGGACAUGGUGAAUCUUCUGCUUCACUAUGGUGCAGACCCUUGUCUAAAGAAGAAGAAUGAGGCCACUCCCUUCAUCAUUGCUGGGAUUGUGGGAAAUGUGGAGCUGCUCAAACUUUUCCUUUCUAAAGGAGCAGAUGUCAAUGAGUGUGAUGCUAAUGGCUUCACAGCUUUCAUGGAAGCUGCUGUGCAUGGUGAGGAGGAAGCCUUAAAAUUCCUGUAUGAGAAUGGGGCAGAGGUGAAUUUGAGUCGAAAGACAAAGGAGAAUCAGAAGAGGCUUAGAAAAGGAGGGGCCACAGCUCUAAUGGAUGCUGCUGAAAAUGGACACACAGACAUCUUGAAGAUCCUCCUUGAUGAGAUGGGGGCAGAUGUCAAAGCCCGUGACAAUAUGGGCAGAAAUGCUUUGAUCUAUGCAUUUAGGAACUCUGAUGAUAGAAACUUGGAGGACAUCACUCGCCUUCUGCUGUACCACGGAGCUGAUGUCAAUGUGAGGGGAGAGAAAGGGAAGACACCCCUGAUCCUGGCAGUGGAAAGGAGGCACUCGGAUGUAGUGCAGAUGCUUUUGGAACAAGAACAUAUAGAGAUUGAUGACACAGACAGUGAGGGCAAAACAGCACUUCUGUUGGCUGUCGAACUCAAACUGAAGAAAAUUGCUCAACUCUUAUGCACCAAAGGAGCCAGCACGGACUGUGGGGAUCUUGUGAUGAUAGCGAGACGCAAUUAUGACGCUCCCCUUGUAAAGCUUCUUCUCUCUUAUGGGGCCAGAGAAGAUAGUCGCCCUCCUGUGGAAGACUGGAAGCCUCAGAGCUCACGCUGGGGGGAGGCCUUGGAACAUCUCCGCAGAAUAUACCGCCCUAUGAUUGGCAAUCUCAAGAUCUUUAUUGAUGAAGAAUAUAAAAUCGCUGACACUUCUGAAGGGGGCAUCUACCUUGGGUUCUACGAAGGGCAGGAAGUAGCUGUGAAACGAUUCUCUGAAGGCAGCACACAUGGACAACAGGAAGUGUCCUGUCUGCAGAGCAGCCGAGCAAACAGUGACUUGGUGACAUUUUAUGGGAGUGAGAACUACAAAGACUGUCUGUAUGUGUGUCUUGCCCUCUGUGAGCAGACCCUGGAGGAACACUUCGCUACAUGCAGGGGGGAGGCUGUGGAAAAUGAGGAAGACGUGUUUGCCCGAAACGUCCUCUCAUCUGUAUUUAAGGCUGUUGAGAAUCUCCAUCUGCUGUGUGGAUACACACACCAGGAUCUAAGCCCACAAAACAUCUUAAUAGAUUCCAAGAAUGCUACUUGCCUGGCAGAUUUCGAUGAAAGUGUCAAGUGGGCUGGAGAGCCGCAGGAAAUCAAGAGAGAUCUACAGGCCCUUGGAUGGCUGGUCCUGUAUGUGGUAAGGAAGGGAGAAUUCCCUUUUGAGACACUGAAGACUAAAAGUAAUGAAGAGGUGAUUCGACUUUCUCCAGAUGAGGAAACUCGGGAUCUCAUUCGUUGCCUGUUUAACGCAGGAGACAAUGUGCAGGGGCACCUGAACUGCCUGCUGGGUCAUCCCUUCUUUUGGAGUUGGGAGAACCGCUAUAGGACCCUGAGAGAUGUGGGAAAUGAAUCUGACAUUAAAAAGGGUGUGGUUAAAAGCAAGAUUGUCCAACUACUGCAACCUGAAGAAUCUGAAUGUUCUAGAAGUUUUGCCAAGUGGACUUCUAAGGCCUGGCUCAACCAAGGAGUGGAAAAGAUUGACAGAUAUGUUAUGCAUAAAAUGAAUGAGUUUUAUAGAACUAACAAAAAGCCUACUUAUAAGAACACUCUGAGUGAUCUGUUAAAGUUCAUCCGGAAUUUGGGAGAACAUAUUAAUGAAGAUAGAAAUAAAGACAUGAAGUUGAUAAUUGGAGAACCUUUCCAGUAUUUGCAAAAGAGAUUUCCUGAUUUGGUCAUGUAUGUCUAUAAAAAACUACAGAACACGGAAUACACAAAGCAUUUCCCCAAAAACUCACAAUCCGAAAAAGCACUGGCGUGAUGCAGGUCAGCCCCUGCAUGGUGGUUGAGGUUUUCGAGUUCAGGGAGGCCCUUAUUUAGCUGUGUGAUCCUGGGCACGUCACAAUUCUCUGGGCCUCUUAAUUAACCUGAUUGCUGGUGAGGAUGUGACAGGUCCUGGCACAGUGUUCAGUAUUCCCCACAUGUUUAUGACCAGACAAGAAUACGCUCAAACUACCUUCCGGGACCUUCUCACAGGUAAAGCUUACUGGCAGGAGAUGGGGGGUGGGGUACCCUGCUAAGACUUCUUCUGUCAGUGGAACCAAAGGAACCAGUGCCUAGACCUCUAGGGCUGGAUUAUCUCAUUCGGUUCUCCCAAUGGCCUUGCAAGCUAGGGUUUGUCAUCUCCACUGAAGAACUAGCACACCUGGGGCACCUGGCUGGCUCAGUCAGUAGAGCAUGCGACUCUUGGUCUUGGGGUUGUGAGUUUGAGCCCCAUGUUGGGUGUGGAGAUUACUUAAAAAAUAAAAUCUUUAAAAAAACCAAAACACCAAAAAACCCACAAGAACUGGCAGACCUGAGACUCAGAGAAUUGGACCUACUUGCCCAAGAUCAUACAACGUGCACAGAGCCCUAUACAAAUGCAUGUCGUGUUAUUGUUAUCUCUCACAUGGGUACUUUUGAACUUAAUUACUAGCCCAGGGAUCUUCUGGGUGGAUCCCAAAAGGAAUAUGUCAAGGGGCUUCCAGGAAGCUCAUUCAUUCACUGAGUCCACUUAUUCAUUCAUUCACUCUUUCUUGAUCACCAAGAAUAAGCCUAGGAACUGUAUGAACUGCAUUGUGUGAACUGCAUUCCUUCUAGAACCACCUACACUGGUUUUUCCAUGACCUUAUGGCAGUAGUUCUCAACUAGGGGCAGUUUUGCCCCUGAGGGGCCAUUUGGCAGUGUCCGGGGAUGCUUUUGGUUUCAAAUCUGGGAGAUAAGGGGGUGUUACUGGCAUCUGGCAGGUGGAGGUCAGGGAUAAUGCCAAAUAUUUUACAAUGCUCAGGAUAGCCCCCCACAGCAUGGAAUUAUCCGGAAGCCUAAAAUAUCAGUGGUGCCAAGACUGAGAAACUCUGCCUUAAGGGAUUGGGACACCUUGGAACUGACUUGGGGCCCAGGACCAUGGAUUAUGUGGACCACCUCACACAGGAGUGACUUGGAUUUGUUUUCUUGCUUCUGAAUUUGUAGUGAAACAAUUCCAGUGUCACCUCCCAAGAAGUCCCCUGAACACUCUCACUUUCCACACCCUACUCCAGGGGCUCUCUCUGGCUCCCUAGCACCCAUAGCCACACCAGAGCAUGCUUCUCUCCACCUUCGCAUGCUUCUUCCCUACUGGAAUGUAAGAUCUUAAGGGCCGAUAUAGCAGAUAUAUAGAUAUAUCGAUAACUAUAUAUCUAUAUAUCUAUAUAGAUAACUAUAUAGAUAUAGAAAAUGAGACAUAUAACUAUAUAGAUAUAUAGAUAUAGAAAAUGAGACAUAUCUAUAAUUUAUUUGUAUCAUUAAUGCCUAGCAAAAGUCUGCCACAUACAUAUUCAUUGAAAAAUGAAUGAACCAUCUUCAUACAUGAAUAAUAAUGCUACCUUACAUUUUAAUAGUGCUUGAUAAUUUAUAAAUUACACCCACAUAUUUUCUCUCAGUUUUCAAAACAAUCCUGUGAGGUAGGUCCUGUUAUCCUCGUUUUGCAGGUAAGGAUAGAGACAUGUUGAUUUACUCUAAUACAUAGCUAGGAAGUACCAGUGUCUUGAUUUGAGCAUAUUUUUGGCAUUAAGUCUGAUGUAUUUUCCACUCAUUCUUGUUGUGGUGGUCAAGGUGGAACUUUGUAAUGGGAAGAUCAAGGAAAACAAAACGAAACAAACACGGUAUCAUAGGUUCUUUCUGAAGAGAUGGUGGCCUGAACCAGACUUCAUUGACUUCAUUUAAAGUCGAGAAGUGCUGGAAUUAAAGUAAACAAAAUUGACGUUGAUGUCUUCCGCUCAUCCGUAACUGUAUGGGUCAUUCUCUCCUUGCUAAAAAAAGGGAAGUACUGGAAGAAAGAAAUUUUAGGCUGUUCUGUAAGGUUUUAGGAGCAGGAAUAUUGCUUUAGGUUUUAAAAUUACGUUUUGGUUUUCCAAUUUGUUGUAAAUCUCUGGAUACAUCAAUCAAAAUGCCCAUUUGUAAAGCAUAUUUAAUAAAACUUGGAAUCAUCUAA